UAGAACAUCACACAAUUCUCUCUCUUUCUCUCUAAGGAAUAUGAUCAGUUUCUCAGUCUAUAUAGGAUAUGAUUUGUGUUGAGUUUAUGUCUUGAUUUUUCUUAUUCUUAAGGUUUGAAUGCAAUUUCAUCUUAAUUUUUCAUAUUUUUAUCCUUUGAUCAACAAUUUAUUAGUGGGUAUGGUCGUUUUUCAUUGAUCUCUUUGGCCUUGUGUUAGAGCUUGGACUCUCCAUCUUUUGCUUCUCUAGUGGGUGGGUGGUUUUAUCUCUGCAAAAUCAGAGGUUGGCAGUGGACUUACAAGGCCAAUUUUGAUAAGAGGUGCUCCUUUGAGCUGGUUUCAUGUUUUGAAGACCUAAUCCAUGGAUUCAGGGCAUGGGAGGCCAAUCUUUAGAGGACAUGACAUCCUCAAUGCCAUCUUCAUCAUCAUUGAUGCAACAAGAGAGAAGGCUCAAACCCCAACCUGAACAAGCACUAAAAUGCCCUAGAUGUGAUUCAACCAACACCAAGUUUUGUUACUACAACAACUAUAGCCUCUCUCAACCUAGAUACUUCUGCAAAGCUUGUAGGCGUUACUGGACCAAAGGUGGAUCAUUAAGAAAUGUACCAGUUGGUGGAGGUUGCAGAAAGAACAAGAGAUCAACACCAAAGAAACAACCUGACCAUCAAAACCCUCCUUCUUCUUCUUCUGCACCCCAAAUUCCAUCAUCUCUUGAACUUUCCAUUUUAGGAAACCCUAAUCCCACUUCUGGUAUUCUCGGAAACCCCAGUGCGACCACCAAUCCUGGAUUCUUGUCACAUUUGGAGAGCUUAAGAAGUUGUUUUGAAGUCCCCAAUAAGGCUUUGAUGUUGGAGAAUUCGAACCAGGAAGUGUCUCAGCAAAACCAGUAUGGGGUUGGUAACAUGGGGUUCUACAACUUUUGUUCUUUGAACCCAAAGGUUGAAGAAGGAGAGGAAUUAGGGUUUCCUUUUCAGGAAAUGGGGGGUUUGCAGUGGCAGCAGCAAGUGAGUGGAGGAGAUGGGUCUGGCAUGUUUGAUGCAGGGGGUUAUUGGAAUGGGGUUGGGACAUGGCACCAUGGGGCUUCUUCAGUGAGCCCUCUCAUGUAGAAGACCUUCUCUCCCUCUCUCUCUCUCUCUCUCUCUCUCUCUCUCUCUCUCUCUCUCUCUCUCUCUCUCUGUUUCAUGAUGCCACUAUGCUUCACCAGUUGAAGGAUUGAGUUCACUUGUUCUAGUGGAUUGGUGCAUGAACUUUCCUUUUUUUGGCAAUGCUGAAAGAUUAAUUGCACCAGAGUAGAAGAAUCAUUUCUACCACCCUCUCUUCUCUCUCAUUUCUCUCUUUAAGAUAUUGGGUUGUUUUGAUGAUUGACAAAUUGAUAUUGAAUUCAGAUCUCUUGCCUAACUACAGUAGGAAGAGAGGGAACAAAUGGAAGAAAGCAACAGUGUUGGCUAUUAAUCAGGUGCAACAUAUGAGGACACAAUGUAAUUCCGUGUAUUUUUGCCAAGUAAGGAAAGAGAUUGGCUUUAUUUCAUGGGGUUCUGUGCUCUGCACUUGAAAGGAACAAGUUGUGUUUUUAAAUCAUAUAUUGCUUUCUCUUGUUGUUGUUGGGUUGGAGGCUUGGAGAUUUGGUUUCUCAUGGGGGCUAGUAUUUCCAAAAUAUAUUCUCAUGGAUGAUUGACACUGACUCGACUCAAAAUUUGAGGCAGAUUCUCCAAAGAGGACCUCUCAUAUAAGUUUGGUUGAGGAGAGAGAAUGUGAAAAAACGAUCACACAUUGCUGCAAAAGAUUGUCACUGUCAGUUGGAGAAUCAAUCUUUUUAAUUGCCCCCAACUCUAAGAUUUGUUUGUUUUUUCUUUUUUCUUGUCCCUUGAGGACCACAAAUUCCAUUAGAUUUUUUCCUAUUAUUAUAACAUAGAUAUGUAUCUAUCUUCCACGCAUUUUUGCAGGCUUUGAGUUCUUCCUGCACAUGCUGGUUCAACUUUAUUUUCAAGUGUACAGUCCAGAAUGAGAAAAUGCACAUGCUGCUCUCCCCAUUCACCCAUUAAGGAGAUGCUUGGGGGCAUGUGUUGAAAAGGAAAAGAGAGAGAGAGAGAGAGAGAGAGAGAGAGAGUUGAAGAUCAGUUCUCUUAUUUUUUACUGUUUGCACUUUGAAGAGAGGAAUUUGAAUGUAACAGAUGGCAAGUGGGAGUACCUUAAUAGUUAAUAAAAAGACUGAAUUGUUCAUUUGGGAUAUCAGAUAUUUUCUUUACAAAGAAAAUGGCAGGUGAACUUUAGCCCUUUAUGGAAGCAACAGAAAAUGGCAGUUGCUACGGACUGUAAAGCCCUAAAUUUGUUGAGGGUAGAAUGACCAAAGCAGUUAGUCGAGGUGAAGGCCCUCAAAACGGGACUUUCUUUUGGAAAACAAUCAGACUUGACUUGGCUUUUUGUGAUGCUUUUGUUUGUGGAGGAUAAUAUUAUUUUUUACGUA